AAACAACUGCACAAGGUUCAGUCAUUCAGUGUUUCACAGCCUGUCCACCAUAAAUCAAGACCUCUCAUAUUGAAGCUGGUAUGCAAACCAUUGUGCUGUUGGCUUUGUGUGCACUGGGAACAUCACUGGUGUUGCCAGACCCAGACACAACUGGAGAGAAAGUGGUCGAAGAGCCUAUUCCAUGUUCUAAGGGAUGCACCUGUCUGCAUGAUGACUACACCUUGGAGCUCAACAUGUACUGCAGUGCUCGUAACUUCACACAGGUCCCAUCUGACAUGCCCCCCUCUACUCAUUCUCUCUGGCUGGAUGGCAACCUGUUCACCUCCCUUCCAGCUGUGUCCUUUAAGGAUCUUUCUAUCCUCGACUUUUUAAAUCUGCAGAGUGGCCAGCUGGUGACACUUGAUCCUCAGGCUUUCAAAGGGCUAAGGUCGCUCGCACACAUUCAUCUUGAGCGAAAUCGCCUGCGGGCGUUGCCAGCUGUGAUCUUCCAGAAUACACCCAACCUUGCUUCACUCAGUCUGCACAACAACCAGAUCAGUCGUAUUGAGGAACGACUGUUUGCAGGACUCUCACAAAUGUGGCUCCUCAAUCUAGGCUGGAACUCGUUAACAGUUUUACCUGAGACAGCUUUCAGUGACCUGCAGGGUCUACGGGAGCUCAUCCUCGCAGGAAACCGACUCCCUUACUUGCAGCCACAGCUUUUCCAAAAUCUUGCUGAGCUUAAAGAGUUAGAUCUGACUGGAAAUCACCUCAAGGUUAUCAAAGCUAAUGUGUUUGUUAAACUGACCAAACUGCAAAAGCUUUACCUGGCCCAGAAUCAGAUUGUGACAGUGGCGCCCAGAGCCUUUCUAGGUAUGAAGUCACUAAGAUGGUUGGAUCUCACAAACAACAGACUGACAGCUCUCCAUGACGACACUUUUGUGGGCCUGCUCAGUCUUCAUGUACUGCGUCUUUCCAACAAUUCUAUCACUGGAAUUAGGCCUAGGACUUUCCGGGAUCUGCAGUACUUAGAAGAGCUACGACUCAGCUACAACAAAAUCCGAGCCCUGGGGGAAAGGAUCUUUGAAGGGCUUGGUCAUCUGGAGGUCCUGGAGCUAGAGCACAACCAAGUGCAGGAGGCACAAGCGGGUAGUUUCACUGGACUCUCUCAUGUGGCUGUCAUCAACCUCUCUGGAAGCUGCUUCCAGAGUCUACCAGACCAAAUGUUUAAAGGUCUGUCAAAGCUUCACAGCCUUCAUCUGGAUAGAGGCUGUCUAACAAGGGUCACAACUCAAGCUUUCACUGGACUCUCUGGUCUAAGGAGGCUUUUCUUGCAGCACAACAACAUCUCUGAGGUGGAACACCCCAGCUUUGUAGACCUGGUGGGUCUAUUGGGACUGGACUUAAGUUACAACAAGCUGGAGGUCCUCACAACCCAUACCUUCUCUGACCUAAAGAACUUAGAGUAUUUGCUGUUGUCCAACAAUGAAUGUCGACAAUUUUUGCAGAAUGGCACAAAGCAGCUACUCCCAAAGCUGCGCUAUCUGGACCUGAGAGAUAAUAGCUUGACAAGCAUGGUCCCUGAUUUUCCAGAGAGUAUGGAAAAACUUUUGCUGUCUGGGAACCAGUGGAAAUGCGACUGCAGUGCUCUCCCACUCAGAAACUACAGCUUGAGGAAUCCGACGGUAAUACCUCGGCAAGUGGAGACCCACGCAGAGGGUGAAGAGCCUGAUUCAACCAUCACUAUAUACAACAACAUUACAUGCACCAGCCCACCACGUGCAGCUGGUCAGGACCUGCGGGAUGUUGACAGUGAACUCUUCAAAAGUUGCUAGACAAACAUGCAUAAAUGUUUAGGGAGUUGAUUGGUGUUAUCUAUAAUAUUUUCAUCAAAAUAUAUUCAUUCAGUUUAAAGAUUUUAAUUUAAGAUUUUAAUUGUAGCACUGAUGCAAUAUUCAGGGUCUUGUUUCACAUUUUGGCUUAUAUUGAUAGAAAAAUAGUUUCCAUCUGUAGCCUUUAGAUAAAAUGGUACAAAAAGACUUAAGCUGUGAAUUGCUAUGAUCUUUCAAAAUGAAAGGACAAAUGAAGCAUGACUAUUAUUUCUUAAUAGUCAAUGUCUAAUUGUGGGAAUAUGUAAACACAGCAGGUAACGUCAUCACCUCCCUGCAGAAAAGUGACAGUUUGUUGGAAUUUUCUUCAAUCUAAUACAAAUGGGAUCGGGUUACCAGGUGGAGUUGCUUAAUAUGAUUGCAGGAGCUUUAUAAAAAACUAAACAGACAACAAAACUGAUGACAUUAAAUGUGAUGCAUAUUGUUGUAUUUUUUUUAAAAGUAAUAUAUUUUGAAGCUUAUUGUUUAUGUUCCAUAAAUCACUUGAACUUCCCUUCACGCCCUUGAACACAGAAAGUAUCAAAAUUACAUAACAAUAAAGUCACACAUCCUUUGUUAUGUUUGCAAUUUGGGGACAAUAAAAAUGGUGAUAACCAGGAAGAAACUAUGGGGCAGCAGGCCUGUACUUUACGAUGACCACACAGGUGUACUUUUGGAAGCCCCAUAAACCUUAUGCAAAACUAAAAGCCACAAAACUGAAAUGGCAUUUACUACAUUCUACUUUUAGUUUGUUUGGUUAGUAAGUUGGUUUUGUUGUGUUUUUUGUUGUUGUUUAAUCUAAUUUGUUUAUUAGUCCAAAGGCAACAAAGUGCUGCUCUGUCUCUGAUGAUGAGUUUAAUUUCUUAGUUUCCUCAUGUUUGUUUGGAAAUUGUCUCAUUUGUAGAUACCUGCAGAAUUAAGUGUUGGGGAAGCCAGACUCAUAAAGUACAAUUCACAGUUUAGUUAAUCAUUAUAGGACUGGGCUGGUUAAACAACAGUUUUGUAAAAAUAACAUGCAGCAAGAGAUAUCUGUACAGCCCAGACACUAUAAUGUUACUUGCUGUGUGUAUACCUUAUGUAGUAAAGAUUCAUGUGUGUCACUUUAAAAAUGCACAGUUGGAAAUUUGCCACAAGAGUGCAAUAAAUGUUUUAAAGCG